AAACGCCGUGCCAUAUUUUUCGCGCUGGCAGUCGCUACCUCAGCACUGCAAGUAAGAGGAAUAGGUAAUAUUAGAGCUAAGGUACCAAGGCACGCAGCCACGCGCUUGGCAUUGCUCUGGGUUAGUUGUGCAGCUUGCCAGGUCAUCCUGUUCGUGGGGGCACGGGCAGGUCGGUCGUGAAGCCCGACCGGAGCGGCCGCGCGAAAAAGCUUGUGCUUGUUGCUUUAAUAAACUGCUGACACAUAUUUGCCAUGAAUUCGUACCCCGCGCUACGACGAGGCGGCCGGCUGCGAAACGCGUUCCUGCUACUACACAUCGCACAAGCCUUCGACUUCUCGAGCUUCGGCAAGAAACCAGCACCAAAGAAGAAGACCUUCCAGGAAUCCUUCGAGACAUACAAAAACAAAAUCAAUUUACCAGAGGACGCCGGCGCGUUCGCGCGAGGCACUUUGGCGGGCAUCGCCCUUUCAGUAUUUGUGGCCGUCGGGCCCGUCGGCGACUCCAUCAAUACCGAAGGGAGAGAAGCUAGGGAGGCGGCGGCCCAGUUCGAAAUUGUAUUAGAUGCAUUAGAUAAGCGCUACGUCGAUCGCGUGUCCCCAAAAAAGCUCAUGGAGAGUGCGGUGGAGGCCAUGUUGGCCACGCUCGACCCCUACACGGAGUACGCCAAGUCCACCCAAGCGUCGGACAUGAUCGAGAGCGUCGAGGGGCGGUAUGGGGGCGUUGGAUUAGUUAUAUCGGGAAAACCCCGAGAUUCCAAGGACCCGGUGAAAGCGAUGAAGAGCGGCGAGGUGGACGUGGCCGUCGUCGAUGCGUAUGAGGACUACGCCUGGGAGGCGGGCUUACGGCCUCGGGAUACGUUACUGUCGAUUGGCGGUUCGACGCCAUCCGGCAGCUCAGGAGACGCUGUGUUAGAUGCAGCUAGGUCAUCAUUGCGAGGGAAGCCCGGCACCGACGUAAGCGUGGAGUACAAGCACCCCUGGGAGACGACGCCACGGACCACAGAUCUUAAGAGAUUUGCGGUGCGAAGGCGAGACGUCGAGUUAGUUACGUUGUUACCGUCCCCAACAGCGCCUAAAGUCGUGGCCUACGCUAGAGUAGGCGGCUUUUCGCGCGAGACGGCUCCGGAAUUGGUCGAAGGUCUGGCUUCCUUACGCUUCGACAGUCAAAAGUCGAAGCUCGAGGGCGUGAUCAUCGAUCUGAGAGGAAAUCCGGGAGGGUUGCUAGAUGCGGCGGUGGACGUCGCGUCGUUGUUCCUGCCGCCCGACGCCGUCAUCGCGUCGGCGGGCGGCCGGGGCUUCGUCAGGGACGCGACGCCUUCGGGCGAGACGCCCAAAGAAAAGGACGGUGUGGAGCGCGUCGAGUUUAGAAGUAGAGCUAGAGGUGUCACGUUGUUCGGCGUCGCUCCAGUAGUUGUUCUAGUGGACGGGCAGUCCGCUUCUGCCUCAGAAAUCGUCGCCGGAGCCCUACAGGACUAUGACGCUGGUGUUGUCGUCGGUUCGAGAACUUUUGGGAAAGGUCUCAUUCAGGACGUCUCUCCAUUACCAUUUGACGGCGCGGCACUGAAGGUCACGGUUGGCAGAUACUAUACCCCGUCCGGCCGGUGCCUGCAAGAGCUCGACUACGAGAAGGAACGGGCAUUAUCCUCAAAGAAGGAAGUCUCGCCGAAGGAAUCUUUCUACACCGUGAAUAGCAAAAGACCCAUCGAGUCGGGCGGCGGCGUCGCUCCUGAUGUUCUGGUGGAGCCGGACACGCUCACAAAAGCCGAGACCGCUUUACUGCGCAGUGGUGUCGCGAACAAGUUCGCGGACGACUGGGUCGAUAAAAGGCCGGACGUGGCCAAGACCCUGUAUGCUCGAGGUCUGGAACCGGACGCCGAUGCGGCAUCCUUGGUUCUACAGAGGAGCGACCUCGACUCACUGAAACAGCGCGCCCUGAAGGCCAUUGCGGACGAUCCCGACUCGAAGGACGGUCGAGAGGCCAAGCGCGAGGUCGAGGACGCCUUCCGGCGGCACCCCGACCGCAUCCUCAAGGUCACCGACGCGUUAGUGAAGGAGCGCUUCUUCCGGAGUUCCGCUCUACUGAAGGCGCAAGUGUCAGAUGAAAAAGCAGUCGUCGCGUCGAUGAAGCUGCUGUCAGAUAAGGCGCGCUUCGACGCGAUCCUCGCGCCUCCGGCGAAGUCUGCUGCGUCUGCGCCGAACGCCGUCGCCGCAGCCGGCCUCGGGAACGCGGCCAGAGAUGCUUCUAGUUCAUAAUGUGUUUAGUUC